AUGGCAGUGAUCGGCAAGGACGGCAGAGUCAUCAACGUCGGACGAUUCACCAGCCUCCUUGAGCACAACCAGACCAUCACCAACCCAGCACUGGUCUACAUAUUCGGAGCUGUACAGAGCUCGCCGGGGAAGCAGCAGCAUCGGGGAUUUGAUGUCAUACGUUUCACUGCUGCUGGGAUCCAGGCGUAUUUUGGAAAGACGAAGAGAAAGAUGAUGCUUGGCGAGAGUAAGGAGGAUUGGGAGAACGUUUAG